AUGGCCUCCUCCAAGUCAUUCGCCUUCUCCGCCGCCGCAAUCAACGGCCGGAGAUUCCCCACCGCCUCUCCCAACCCCCGGCCCCAGCUCCGGAUCUCCGCCGCCGCUACCGGAGUCACCAGCCGCGCCGCGCCGCCGCAGGCGGAGGCGUCCUUCUACGAAGUCCUGGGGAUCCGCGCGGGCGCCACGUGCCAGGAGAUCAAGUCCGCGUACCGGAGCCUGGCGCGGGUCCUGCACCCGGACGCCGCCGCAGGCGGCGGCGCUCAGCCGUCGGCGGACGAAUUCAUGCGCGUGCACGCGGCGCGGACCUGGGAGACCGACCAGUGCUGGUAG